UUGCAAGGACUAACUAUCCGGCUAAGUGGUAAAAAUAAGUUUAAUAAGUCAGAAAUGCGCAGCAUGACCUUACAUUUCGUUAAGCCAAGGAGAAAAAAAGAGAGAGAUAGAGAGAGAGAAAGAGAGAGAAAGAUAGAGUAAAUUAAUAAAAAUGUUUAUUUUUUCGUUAGAGAUGAAAUCUGGAGAACGGUGUUCAAUAACAAAAACGUUUGAAAGCUCUAACUCAAACUGUCUUAGUGCUAUAAGUUUUGUACCACCAAGAAUGUAUCAUUGGCUUGAGGACUCUGCCAAAUACGUCAAGAAACGAUGUCCUUUUGCUGUUUAUAUCCGAUUCUGGCUUCUACGAUAUUAGUUAUUCACUUUUAAAACUAUUAUUUUUAAAUUUUUAAACCAAUGCUAUGUUUGCUCGUGUAGACCAUUUUACACAACAUUAAAAUAAAAUUGUUAGACGCUGUUUCUUUUUCCUAAUAAGUCAAUUUUCAGCUUUCAGCAAACAGAAAUAUUUUUGAUAAAAAAAUUAUAUUUUUUUUUGACAAAUGACUGAUUCAUAUCUGACUGAUCAAUUCGGCCAGGCCGUUCUAUCUGAAUAAAAAAAAAGACUGAUUCAUCGUCAUCGUCGUCAUACGUCGGUACUCCAAAAGCUCGACCAGAAUUAUAUCUAUGUGACCUUAUUUUUACUAGCCUUAACCUACAAGUAGGUUAAGAAUAAAUAAAAGUUCUACACAAAUUUGUUUACUGUAUUAUUACAUGAAAGAUAUAUUCUUUCACAUACAUACGACACCAUUAAACCAUCAACCAUCAACCAUUAAACAAUCCUUGUUGUUUCAUUUGUAACACAUAUACAGUCAGUUUCGUGGAAAUAAAUGAUCGAUCAAGUCGAUGCACGAAAAUUAACUAUUCAUUUCAUAUAUAUGCCAUGCAUUUCCAUCAACUUCCACGCCCCAUGAUCAGUUUACAGUGUGCUAGCCAUUGCUGUAAGAACGACAUGCACGCAUUCAUGCCCUACUCCUUUCAGACAAUAUUUAAGCGCUCAUAUUCCACCCAAAUGCCUACAGUCGAUCGCCAGCCAUCGCUCAAUCUACAUUCACCAAGCCAAAGAACUUCCCAAAAUGAUGAAGAUCACUAUUGCCGCCCUCGCACUUCUGGUAGUCGCCGUUGCCGCUUACGAGCACAAGGACUACCAUUCGCAUCCCAGAUACAAGUACGAGUAUGGAGUGAAGGAUCCCCACACCGGAGACCACAAGAGCCAGUGGGAACAUCGGGACGGAGAUGUCGUCAAGGGAGCCUACACCCUGCACGAGGCCGAUGGAACUGAACGUGUUGUGGAGUACUCGUCCGACAAGCACAACGGCUUCCAGGCUCAUGUGAAGCGUGUGGGUCAUGCUCAUCACCCGGAAGUCUACGGACACCAUGAGGGUGGACAUUCGUACGGAGGACACGGUCAUGGACAUGCCAGCAGCUAUGCCAACGGAAACCUCCAUCAAUACUAUCAUUGAGAAAUAUUCUUUAUCAAUCAUAAGGAAAUCCAUGAAUUUCGAUUUAAAUAAAGAUUAUUGCCAAACUAAACAAAUAACUUAAUC